UGCGUCAUAGAGUCUGCGUAGGGUCCUUUCACUUGUGAUCGCAGCCGGUGGCUCUGGAAGUUUCUGUAGCGCGGAGGCGAUUACAGUUAACGAAGAUAGAACCAACACCGAAUCCAAAGCCAUCCGACAUAAGGCGACGCUCCAAGGGAUCAUCAGAUUCGGGGGAUUCAUCCGUUCCCUUUAUUCAGAUUGCUGUAACAUCUAUAGACGAAAAUAAAUAAUCAUGCCCGAAGCCAUCGCCUCAAAACUCUCUGGUGGGAAAAACAAAGGAGGUACCUAUGUGGACCGAGAUAAGCCGGCCCAAAUUCGGUUCAGCAACAUUUCCGCCGGGAAAGCUGUUGCCGAUGCCAUCAGGACCAGCUUGGGACCCAAGGGUAUGGACAAAAUGAUUCAAGAUGGAAAGGGUGACGUCACCAUCACCAACGAUGGAGCCACGAUCCUCAAGCAGAUGCAGGUUCUCCAUCCAGCGGCUAAAAUGCUGGUGGAGCUGUCGAAGGCCCAGGACAUCGAGGCUGGAGACGGCACCACCUCCGUGGUGGUGAUCGCUGGGGCCCUGCUCGAGGCCUGCGCCAGGCUGCUCCAGAAAGGUAUCCACCCCACCACGAUCUCCGAGUCCUUCCAGAAGGCCGUGGACAAAGGCGUGGAGGUGCUGACCGGCAUGAGUCAGCCCGUGCAGCUGAGCGACCGCGAGACGCUGCUCAACAGCGCCACCACCUCGCUGUGCUCCAAGGUGGUGUCGCAGAACUCCAGCCUGCUGGCGCCCAUGAGCGUGGACGCGGUCAUGCGGGUCAUCGACCCCGCCACGGCCACCAGCGUCGACCUGCGCGACAUCAACAUCGUCAAGAAGCUGGGGGGCACCAUCGAUGACUGCGAGCUGGUGGACGGGCUGGUGCUGACCCAGAAGGUGGUGAACUCCGGCGUGUCCCGCGUGGAGAAGGCCAAGAUCGGCCUCAUCCAGUUCUGCCUGUCCCCGCCGAAGACUGACAUGGACAACCAGAUCGUGGUGUCGGACUACGCCCAGAUGGACCGCGUUCUGCGGGAGGAGCGCGCCUACAUCCUCAACCUGGUCAAACAGAUCAAGAAGGCCGGCUGCAACAUGCUGCUGAUUCAGAAAUCCAUCCUCAGAGAUGCUCUGAGUGACCUGGCGCUGCACUUCCUCAACAAGAUGAAGAUCAUGGUCAUCAAGGACAUCGAGCGGGACGAGAUCGAGUUCAUCUGCAAGACUCUAGGAACCAAGCCCAUCGCCCAUAUCGACCAGUUCACCGCAGAAAUGCUGGGCAGCGCUGAGUUGGCGGAAGAGGUCAGCUUGGAUGGAUCUGGCAAGCUGGUCAAGAUCACGGGCUGUGCCAGUCCGGGGAAGACGGUCAGCAUCGUGGUGCGCGGCUCCAACAAGCUGGUGAUCGAGGAGGCGGAGCGCUCCAUCCACGACGCCCUGUGUGUCAUCCGCUGCCUGGUGAAGAAGAGGGCCCUGAUCGCGGGCGGCGGGGCCCCGGAGAUCGAGCUGGCCCUGCGGCUGGCAGAGUACGGGCGCACGCUCAGCGGCAUGGAGGCGUACUGCGUGCGCGCCUUCGCCGACGCCCUGGAGGUGGUGCCCUCCACGCUGGCCGAGAACGCCGGCCUCAACCCCAUCUCCACCGUCACCGAGCUCCGCAACAGACACGCGCAGGGCGAGAUGACCGCCGGCAUCAACGUCCGCAAGGGGGGAAUCUCUAACAUCCUGGAGGAGCUGGUGGUGCAGCCUCUGCUGGUCUCCAUCAGCGCUCUGACCCUCGCCACCGAGACGGUGCGCUGCAUCCUGAAGAUCGACGAUGUGGUGAACACUCGAUAAGGAGCGGCAGAAGAGCCUUCAGGAGGAGGUGAUCGUGGACCUACACCUGCGUGUCCUGCGCUCCGCCGCGGUUUCUGGGCGUGUUUGUUACGGCUCCUGUCUGGGUGCCUUCUGUGUACUUGUCACGUAAUUUAAUAAACUGUUUUUUUGAGACAAGAGUAACCAAA